GCUGAUUGGCUAAGCUAGAUCGCCAUAUUCACCGAAGAAUGCUAGGAAAGUUCCAAGGAAUACAGUGCUGUUAACGCCCAAAUUUCAGUCUUAGAGUCGCUUGUGUCAACAAACUUCCCGUUUCCUGUGAUAAAUCCACACACCACUUGUACCCGCAGACGCUGGGGCACUUUCAUCACAACAAUCGGAACACGGUCCCUAACCACGACGUUUUUAAGUGUGUAGGAAGCCAAGAGUUUACAUAGAUGACCCUGGGGACCAUGAACCAUGACACCGACAGAGAUGAUCUCAUACAGCUAGAGCCGUUGGUGCAUCAAGUUAGUGGCCAUUCAUCUAUGUUUGUGCUUGAUGACGUAACUGUAUGUAAGCCUCUCAUUGGACGAGAGUACAGAUUUUACCGUACUCUGCCUCCAGAAAUGAAAAAAUAUACACCAGAAUUUCAUGGAACCCUCCAGGUGGUACUGCAAGAAGCUGGAGAUGGACUUUCUCUAGCAGCGUUACCUAAUGAACAAAUGAAUUCCUUAAGGAGUAAUCAAGGAGGACUUAAACAUGGGCCGUGUUUAAGACGUGUGAGCUCUAGCAGCGUGGAAUUAGAAAGUGAAGGGGAAGAAGAUAAUUCUUCGAGCCCGUCGUCUCCUUCCAGCCCCACCACUACGGCAACUACAACUACAACCUCAUCUAGAGAUGAAAAUCUCUCUCUCACUCAUCCUGACACCCAUAAUCCUUGGUUACAACAGUGUCAUCAAACUACACUUCAUAAGCUCAAACAAAAGUUUGAUUCAUCAAAUGUUGUUGAAUGCAUAAUGCUGGAGAACCUUACAUUCAAGUUUCGAUAUCCAUGUGUUCUGGAUCUAAAGAUGGGGACUAGACAAUAUGGGGAUGAUGCACCUGAAAGCAAACGUAGAAGCCAGACAGCAAAAGCUGCAAAUACUACUACAAUAACAUUAGGUGUUCGGCUGGCAGGCAUGCAGUUAUAUAACCGAGAAAAGAAGUGCUACAUCUGCAAAAAUAAGUAUUACGGACAGAAGCUAUCUGAAGAGGGUUUCAAACAGACUUUACGGCAGUUUCUUCAUAAUGGAAGAAGGCUUAGACUUGAUAUAGCAGAAUUAAUUAUAAGUAAGCUAGAAGACUUGCGUUCAAUCAUAUCUAAACUUGAUUCAGUUCGAUUCUUCACAUCAUCAUUAUUGAUUUUGUAUGAUGGCUACGAUCCCUGUCAGUUAAAACCUCAUCAGCGAGACAGCGAAAAAGAAAAGGAAGGAAAACCACCCGAAUCUUCAAGAGGAACUGUUUGGUCGGAGUCACGUGUAGAAGAGGGAAAUUCAGCAAGAGAUAACUGGCAAUCUAAAGAGCCUUCCAAUGCCUCUCUUGGAGCCAAGCAUCCAGCAUAUAUGCGGGAUGUUCCAGCAACUGGGGGAGGCAAGGCACCCAGAGAACAGAUAAGUCGUAAUGAAGGUGAACCUCCUUAUAAAUCAAAAAGUCGUCAGAGAAAUAGAAGUUAUAAACCAAGAGUUGAUAUCCGUCUAAUAGACUUUGCCCAUUCCACUCACAAAGGUAUGGGAGAUUCAAAGGUGUACAGUGGCCCUGAUGAAGGCAUUACCCUGGGCCUUGAAAAUCUUAUCAAAAUAUUUCAAGACAUCAGAGAUACCUUUGACCACUAGCAGUUAAAAUGUCGUUGGACCUAUGUAGAUAGGUCUAAUAAGGUGUUCUUGUCUAUGUUAGACAUCAUCUCAUUACAUUUUUAAAUUCAUCUAUCAUGAAUGCGUGUUGUUAUGUGUGCAGAUGUAGCUAUACAUUUAUUCCAUGUCAGAAAUGACUUGUAAAUAAGAUGUUACAAAUUAUUAUUAUGUUAAAAGGUAUAGAUGUAGUUGCCUAUUGGUUAGGCUUCUUUUAUUUAUACUGAGUUUUGAUGUUUAAAUUUUUUUAUGUUGCUAUAUGUUAACUCGGCACAGUGCCAAAGCACCAGAAAUCCUUGCUAAUGAAAAUCCUUGUAAAGGGGAAAGGAAUUAGAUGUCAGAUUCAGUCUCUGUAUGGGAAUAUCCCUACACUUUAGAUGAGAGAUUUUAGGUCCUUUACCAUUUGGUAGUUUAACAAGUUGUAAUGGGAAUACAGUGCAUAAAAAGUUAAAAUUGUUGUGGCAGAUCUCGUUCUUGUUUCUUAAAGAAAUUAACUAGUAACUGUGACAGCAAAGCUAAGGUUGUGUAUAUUACCCCUUGUGUCAAGUUCUCUUUUGUGGCAGAUGGAAAGAGUAUUUCGGAUUUUUCCUUGUUUACCUCGUGCUGUUUAUAUGUAAAGGAGAGAUUACUUUAGGAGUAAUAAAUCCCUACCCAGUGAUUA